UACAUCAAAAGAACUAAAGAAUGCCAUUUCAGAUGUGAACUCUGAGAUGGAUGCAGCACUCCUGCAAAACCAGCAGUCUCUGGAGAAAGUAUCUGAUUUGGAGUUACAACUCUCAAAGGCGCAGUUGAAACUGGAGAAGUCUGAACAGAAAAUGCAUAUACAGGAGCGAGAUAUUGCACAGAUGAGUGAACGUGUCAACAGUCUGGAGUUAAGUUUGGAAGAAGAGACCGAGAAGAAGGUGCAAGCUGAAAAGUCACUCAUGUCAAUGGAGAACAUUUAUUCUCAGUCUCAAGAAGAACUGAGUAGGCUGCAUCGAGAGAUUGAGAAGCUGAAUGGCAAAUCAAAUGAGUUGGAGAACUUGUCGUCAGAACUCAGGAACACCAUCUUACUUCUGAACACCGAAAAAGAUGCUACCCUUACUAAGAACCAGGAGUCCUUGAUGAGAGUAUCCCAUCUGGAGUCUGAACUCUCAAAAUUGCAGGCUGAACUGGACAAGGUUGAAGGAAGAGUAGAGGUGCUGGAGAAAGAACUAAAGCAUAAGCAAGAAGAAGUUUAUAGCCUUGAAACCAGCUUAGAAGAUAAAACCCAGAAGUGCAUUGAAGGUGAAGCAGCUCUUCUCUCAGUUACAGGUCUUCAUUCUGAAUCUCGGGAUGAAGUGAACAAGUUGGCCAUGGACAUUGAGGAGCUGAGUGGGCAAUUAAGUGAGGUGGAGAACAAUAAGAUGGAUCUUGAGAACAUUGUAAUCAAGUAUACAGAGGACAUCCAUAUCCUGCGUGAACAAAAUCUUUCUGCGGAGUAUACAAUAAAAGACCUGCAUUGUGAAUUGGAUGCACUGAAGGAGUUGAAUGUGAAACUCAAGGCUGAAAUGGGGUCACAUAUAGGUGAAAAGGAGGCAGUUCAGAGAGAUUUUGUCCGUCAAAAAGAAGAGAAAAAAAAUCUAGAGGGGACAUACCAUGCUCUGGCUGUUGACAUGGACACUCUAAAAGGCAGUGCUGCAGCAAACCAGAAGUUAAUAGAGGAUUUGCAGAUAGCAAACUUAAAACUGAAGGAGGUGUGUGCAAAUAAUUUGAUUGAAAAGGCACUUCUCUCGGAAAAGGUUCAAGAGAUGGAACAAAUAUCUGAUGAAUAUUCCCUCUUGGAGAUCUCACUUUCAGAUGCAAAUGCUGAAAUGGAAAGCGUGCAGGAGAGGAUAAAAGCAUUAGAAUCUUCAGAAAGUUCUUUAAAGUGUGAGCUUUCCUCCUGUGUUUCUGGAAAAGCUGUUCUUGUAGCAGAGCUAGACACCCUCGGUAGAAGUUUUGCUGUCAUUUCAGAGAAGAACUCUGUAUUAGAGAUGUCAUUAUCUGAUAUGAAAGCGGAGCUUGAAGACUUAAGAUUAAAACUGAAAGAUUCUGAAGAAACCCUCCAGGCUCAGCUUGCAGAUAACUUUGCUCUUUCUGCAGAAAAAAACAACUUGGUUUCUCAGUUACAGAAAAUUACAGUGGUUACGAAAGCCCUAGAAAGCAAGCAUGCAGAUCUGGAAGGCGAGCACACUUCUUUAUCAAGAGAGAAGGAUCUUGUAUAUGAUCAAGUCAGGAAGCUGAAGGGUCUGUUGAGGACAAUUAACAAAGAGUAUGAAGAUUCUGUGAAGUCACAUGAAAUGCAUGUGAGCAGCCUAGAGGAGCAGAUUUCAUCUCUGAUACAGAAAAUCCAUGAUAUGGACGAGAGGCUUGAAGAGCAAGAACAAAAAAGCAUGAGAGCUUCUAUUAGUGUAGUGGUCCUGGAGGGCAGUUUAGUUGACGUGAAAGAUAAGAAUGUGGCUCUCUUAGAAAAAUGCCAAAAGUAUGCUGCGGAAAAUCAUGCUGCAGAGAUUUUAAUAUCAGAGCUGGAAGAUCAAGCCAGAUAUCACGAAGCAGAGAGUAAAGCGUUGCUAAAGCAUAAUGGAAAACUAAGAGAAGGGAUUUCACAGCACAUGAAGGUCCUUAACAUCAGUAGGGAUGUAGGACCUGCUGAUGUAGCUCAGGAUGAAAUUCUGUUACAGACUGUUUCAGAUGAAACCUCUAAUAUUGUGAAACUUAAAGAGGAAAGUGAAGAUGUUAAUACUCUCAUGUAUACAGAGCUUUUGGUUCAUGCGACUGUCAUGUUGCAAGUAGGAACGGAGUUCAGAGAUCUGCAGUUGCAGAAGUGCGCCCUUGAGAAAAAGGUAGAGGAUGAAGCAACAGAAAUGAUAUCUUUACAAAAUGAAAAUUGUCGACUAAUAGAAUGCAAUGAACAGCUACGGCAAGAAUUGCAGAAAAUAAGUGAAAGGGGUCAGGUACAGAAGACUGAAGCAUUGAUUUUACAUGAGAAGCUAUCUUGUUUGACAGAGUCCUACCAGAGUUUGCAAGAUGAAAUUACUGACAUGACUGAGAGAAGUGAGUCCUUAUCUAAGGAACACAACUCUUUGAUUGAGAGGUACAACGCCUUGGAGGAUGAGAAUGGUGCUGUUCUUGCAGAAUGCAUGAUUCUUGAGCACUUGUCUCUGUUCUUUAGAAGCCAUAAUAAUGAGGUAGCAUCUGCAUUGGUAUCUCUUACCGAUGAGAUGGCUUUGCUGAGUUUAGGUAAGGGUGAACUUGAUAGUGAAGUCAAAGUGCUGAGCGCAAGAGCUAUGAUGCUUGAAUCAGAAAACAGUAACCUCAAGAAGUACAUAGUCUACUUGAUAGAAGUUCUCAGGAAUCGGCUUGUCCUUUUGGAGUUUGAGUUGAACACUGGAAAAAGUGUCUGCCAGGAGCUGUUUGGUGAACUUGAGCACUGCAUGGCGCUGCUGGUGCAUAAGGGCGAUGAGUUACUGGAAGCAGAAGAGAAUGUUCAGCUCAUGCAAGAAAAGAACCGGGAAUUAUGUCUAGUUGUUGCGGCCCUUCAGGUUGCCAUUGAAGAUGGCAAAAUGGUGAAAGGAGAACUUGAGAAGAAAAUCAUGAUCCUGACUGCGGAGGGCACCACCAAGGAUGAUGAAAUGUUCCUACUUCGCCAAGCAAAUGAAACCCUGCAAGUGGAUGCUUGCAUUCUAAAAAACAAGGGGCAGCAUUUGACUUCUGCACAUGAGCUCGUGUCAAAAGAAGUUGAGCAACAUGAAAGAGAGUUUGCUCUACUUUUGGGUGAUGCAAUAACCUAUUCCGUGAACGCUGCAAUCUACGAAGAAAAGGCACUCAAGUUCAUGAUGGAAGCGAAAGCUAUUGAGAUUAGUGCAAUAGCCCAAAAGGAGCUGCUAUUGAAUAAAACCUCCUCAUUAGAUGCCCAUAUUGAGGCUCUGCAGAAAAAGGUAAGUGACAUGCAGGAAGAAAAUGCAGAACUUAGAACAAAAGCCGGCUCACGGAUGGAAGCGAAUGAAAUAUAUUCUGAGGAUGAGAAGCAAAAAGAUGCUGCGGACUCUAAAGGGAAGCAGGUCCAGAUGAUGAAGGAUAUCGAACUUGAUCAAAUAUCUACCUGUCCAACAUAUGGUACUGGAAUCUACCCACUUGGCAAUGCUGCAAAUGCUGAGCUGGAUGAUGAGAUGCUUCAGCUAUGGGAGGCUGCAGAGAGGACCUGCAAAAACCAAACAGCCAAGUCAUCGUCAUCGGAGCACGACAUACAAGCAGUUGAGGAUGUAAAAAGUGAGUACCCUUCCUCAGAGCUUAUAAGGGGAAGAGAGCUCGGAAUCAAUAAGUUCGAGACGUCUUCCUCGUCUUUAGUAGAGCCUCAUGAUAUAUGGGGCAAGAAUGUGGUUGAGAGGCUCACUUCUAAUGCUCAGAGGCUGCUGAGCAUCCAAGAGAGCAUCCAGGAAUUGAAGCAGAAGAUGGGUGGCCCGUCGAAGGGCAGGUCUCCCAUGAAUACGGAGUACGAUGGCAUCAGCACUCAGCUGCAUGAGACCGAGGGGCUCGUCUUGGAACAGAUCAAUCUCAACAGCAAGCUGUCAAAGAAGGCUGAGAGUUAUCCUGCAUUGUUGGGCAGCAUGAACUCUGAGCUGGAAGGUUUACCCAGCAGGAGGAAGAUCUCGGAGCAGGUGAAGAAAGGAUCAGAUAAUGUGGCGAGGCUGGAACUGGAGCUUCAAAAGAUACAGUAUGUCUUACUGAAGCUCGAGGAGGAGAACGAGUACAGGAGGCUCAAGGUCUCCGACAAGCGUACUCGGGUGCUUCUGAGGGAUUAUCUGUAUGGGAGGAAGGACCACCGUGGCGGUGCGCACAAGAAGAAGAAGGCGCCCUUCUGUGGGUGUGUGCCCUCUAAAUCGAGAACAGAACCCUAGCCAUUUUGUUACAUGGCGGCUAGAAAUAAGAACUACUUUUUAAAGAGAAAAUCAUACUUAUAGGAGUGC